AUGGCGCCGGCCCUUUUCGGAGGUGGCCGAAAACGCAAGCCGGAGGUGGAGGAGGAGGAGGAGCUGCUCUCGCUCGUGAUCACCCCUGAGACCUUUGGCCUCCUGAAAGACCGAGUAUAUUUGGCCAAACUGACUGCGCUCCGGCAACUGGAAAUCUCGACGGUAUGUAGCGGCGACGAUCAGACCGUCACGGAUGGCAGGAAGAAGACCGCCCAGAAAAAACGUGGCGAUCAUGGCCGUGGCGACCAAUUGGUUGGGACGCAGUUGGUGGGGACCCAGUUGGUGGGAAAACGGCUGGAAAUCGAAGAAGUCUACUGCCACGACUGA